AUGGACUGGGUGGACGAGAGAUAUAAAUUGGUGGAGCAUUUGGGACAAGAUUCGAUUAUGACUUUUGGUGGAGUCCACGAUUUCACCCACGUCUGCAUCGUAACCGAUCUGUUCGAAACAGAUCUAGGAGCAGUUCUGAAGAGCAAUCAGAAUCUCACAUUGGAGCAAUGUAUAUUCUUCCUUUACCAAGUGCUACGUGGUGUUAAGUAUUUUCAUUCAGCUGGAGUCGUCCAUAGAGAUUUGAAACCGAGGAAUUUAUUGGUCAAUUUCAACUGCGACCUCAAAAUAUGCGAUUUCGGAUUGUCAAAGUUAAUACUAGCAGAUCGCGAAGGGUUUGAUAUGAUACCAAUGACCGCUCGCAGCAUGUGUAACAACGGAUUACGACAAGUUGUGCAUGAGUGUGGCGGUGAAUGGUUACAGCCGAUGAACUUGAUGGAAAUUUUCUCGGAAACGCUCGAGAGGAUGGGAAGAAAUUAUGGUAUAAAAUAUUAUUAUAAUUGUGAAAAGUAUCCCCCUGAGGUUGACAUUAUGGAAAAAAUGCUAAAAUUCGAUCCUAGUGAACGAAUAAGUGUGCAGGAAGCCCUCGAGCAUGAGCUGAUGAAAAAUUUUCACCAAGAAGAUGACGAACCGGUGAGGGGUCUCAUACCAGUGGAUGAGUUUGAAUUUGAGCGAAGAAAAGUUGAUCAACCAUGUUUGAGAGAACUCAUUCACAGAGAAAUGCUUCGUUAUUAUCCCAAUGAGUAUCGGAUUUACAGCGAAUCGGCGGAGUUCGUGAGUGAUGCUGAAAUCGCCGCGCGGUGCCCUUUGUUGGAGCCUGGGGAAGCCUUUGGGGUGGACAGAGUCGGGGUGUAG